AUGUCGGAAGAAUUUAGAGAAAUUGAUAAAGAAGUUAAUCAUCCGGUGGAAAUUACUGAGAAAGAAAGAUUUCAUACAGGAAUCACUUGGUUUGAUCCACUCUUUGUAGUGAUAGCCUUGGUCUAUGGAUUCACAAGAUUUCUAGAACUAUUAACAGGAACUAAUGGCUUUUGGGAAAGAAAUUGGAUAAAGUUCAUUGAUUUUUGCGGUUGCAAUGAACAUGAUUUCGAUAUUUGGGUGUCAGCAGCAUUUCUUCUCUCUGUCUAUUGGUCAGUUUCAUGCCUCAUUCUCUAUCUGAAUUAUUCCGGAAAGUUGAGCAAAUAUAAAGUUCAGCCAGGCAAAAAUGAACCGAUGGAUACAAGGAAAUUGAUUGAAUCAGUCUUCACAGUGAUUUUCAAUCAAAUAUUUAUUUCCAUAACAUUCAGUAGUGGAUCGUAUUGGUUAUCUUAUCUACUUUUGGGCGAUCGAAACAUAAAAGAAGUGACGAGUUUUCCAAUCUUAAUGAGAGAUUUGUUUAUAUGUUUUUAUGUUUUCGAUUUCGCAUUUUAUGUUGCACAUCGAAUUCUUCAUUCAAAAUAUUUUUACAAGAGAAUUCACAAGAUUCAUCAUGAAUGGAUAGCACCAGUUGGUGUUGUUGCAGUUUAUACCCACCCAACAGAACAUCUUAUAACAAAUUUGGGUUCUGCGAUGCUUGGCCCUGUUGUUGUCGUGGCUCCAAUUUCCACGGUUUGGGUAUGGUUCUCAACCGUCAUCAUAACGACAGUGACAGAUCACUGCGGAUAUCAUUUUCCCUUUCUCAAGAGCCCCCAAUUUCAUAAUUAUCAUCACACGGCCUUUACGGAAUGUUUUGGAACGAAUGGCGUCAUGGAUUUCAUUUGUGGAACUGAUAAGCGGUUCAGACAGUCAAUUAACUUUAAGCGACAUCGAGUCUUAUUCUCACUCACCAAAACAAUAAGAGAUAUUUUUGUGAAAAAAGAUCACAUAUCUAAGAUUUUGACUUUUAAUACCGGAAGCAUCUGGGAAUGGAGUUGGAGGCAAAUGAUUGCAAGAUUCGGAGAAAAUCCUUCAAUUUAUUCAACUUGGAUUCUCAACAUUUAUGCUUACAUCGUCUAUUGGAUUUUUGGUUUAACUCUUUUGUUAAUGGAAAAGUUUCAUUCGCCAAGAGGACUCGAAAAUUUUAAAAUUCAACAACACAAAGAAGACAUUCUCAAGAACCAACAGAGAUUUUUUAAAACAAUCAAAGUUGUUAUUUCAAAUCAACUGCUAAGUAUUGCUUUAAGUCUUUUUUUAACUGGUGUUGGUGGAAACUUUCUGCAGUUACAAACAUCUCGUAAUUUACCAAGUUUUUUUAUAGUGAUAAUAAUCCAAUUUAUGACAGGAACUGAAAACUUCUGGUCAAACUUAUGGCUUAAGCUUGUUGAUUAUUUUGACAAUGAUAUGUACACGAUGCAGGUGUGGGUUAGUUCCUUCUACACCAUUGCACUUUAUUGGUCAGUUGGAAUAAUUUUUAUUAUGAUGGACAUCACAAAUAAGCCCGCUUUCUUCCGCAAAUAUAAAACACAACCCGAAGCUCACGUUCCGCUUGAAAUUGGGGUCUUUUGUAUGGCAUCUUUGCGUGUAUUAUUUAAUCAAUUCUUUGUUGGCAUUCCUUUUACUUAUUGCUUACAUCAACUGAGUAUAACCAUGGAUAUGCCAAGCAUAAGAGCCGUCCCAACAUUCCAGAAACUGAUGCUUGAUCUAUUAUUGAUGGGAAUCGUUUAUGAGUUUGCUUUCUACUAUUCCCAUCGUCUCUUGCACCAUCGACUUAUCUAUAAGUACAUUCACAAAGUACAUCAUGAAUGGACCGCUCCAGUUAGUACUAUGGCAAUAUACGCUCAUUGGAUAGAACACAUAUUAAGCAACAUUUCACCAGUCAUUAUAAGCAUUAUUGCUGUAAAUGCUCCUUUAUCAACAAGUUGGGUGUACUUCACAAUGACAAUUGUGACAACUCUCGGAGACCACUCCGGUUAUCAUUUGCCAUUUUUACACAGCCCACAAUUUCAUGAUUAUCACCAUCUGAAGUUUAGUGAAUGUUUUGGCGCGCUUGGAUUUCUAGACUGGGUUCAUGACACAAGUAAAAAGUUUGACAAAUCGGUCAACGCUUUAAGGCAUCGAAAUACAGGAAAAAGUGUCGUGAAGUUUUGUGAUCCAUUGUUCUUUUAUAUCAUCGCGAUUUAUGGGAUAAGUAAAGUGUAUCAAUAUGGAUAUAAAACUGAAAGUGUUUGGCAAAUCCUUUGGGAUCGAAUACAAGAAUUACUUGGUGACAAUCCAUUCAACUAUUAUGUGAUGUUUCUCAACAUCGCACCAAACACACUUUAUUGGACAUUUGGAUUAUCGCUAAUGUACUUGCAACAUCUCAACACGGCGAAGUUCUUCAAGUACAAAAUUCAACAAGAUAAAAAUACUUUGGAGGAUUGGCCAAAAGUUCGAAGUGCUAUAAUGCUUGUGCUUUUCAAUCAGUUUCUGGGAUUCCUUGAGUCGUGGUUAAUGUUUUCAUUGGGAAAUCUAAUUGGAUUUCAAAUGACUCGAGAAUUGCCGAGCUUUUCACGUGUGAUGGUCCAAUUAUUUGUCUUCUGGGCGUUUCAGGAAGUUUUCUAUUAUUACAGUCAUCGUCUUCUUCAUCACAAAUUGAUAUAUAAACAUAUCCACAAGAGACAUCAUGAGUUUACAUCACCCGUCGCUGUUAUCGCCAUGUACAGCCAUCCUAUUGAAAAUCUUUUUAGCAAUGUUCUUCCUGUUGUCGGAGCUUUUCCGCUUUUGCGGCCACACAUUUUAACUGCAGUUUUAUGGGUCUGCAUUGUUUUGAUAACAACGCUCAAUGAUCAUUCUGGACAUCACUUGCCUUUCCUACACAGCCCAGAAAUUCAUGAUUAUCAUCAUUUGACAUACAACACAAAUUACUCGAUUUAUGGUAUUAUGGACUUAAUCCAUAACACUUAUGGAAGUUUCACAAAGUCACAUAAUUAUGUGCAUCACCAAACAUUGUUCACUACGAAAUCAGUUCGUGAUCUUUGUCGAGAGAAAGAAAAAGAAUGCGUCAAUUGAAAUGUUCUACGACAAUUCGAAGCGGACCUCGAAGAAGAAAAUUGCGCAACAAAUAAUGUCUUAAUCAAUAUUUAAGAAUUGGUUUCUGUGAAAACAAAUGAAUUUUCACACUUUUAUACAUUUAGUUAUUCAACCGCUUUAAGGGAGCGGUAAGAGAUGAUAAACAAUAAGUUAUUUAAAAAAACAUCGUAUUAGCUCAAACAAUGUAAAAAUCCAAUCUUAUUUGUAUAUAACAGCACAACUAAAUAACUUUUGAACAUCAAAAGGAAUAAAAUUAACCACAGUUGUCUAUUAGCAAUUCUCAUUUUGUCUCAACUCAAAACUAUUUCAAUGAUUUCUAAGCUGUGACAAUGUAGAUUUGUAAUUGCAAUUUCAACUUUCUUAAUUCCAGUGAGAAUUGCUAUUUGUUUGAUAUGUAAACUAUUAAAAAUAAGAAAUAAUCUUCUAAGUAAUUGCUACAAAGUUACAAGAUUAACACUUUAGACUGAUGUUUUGUAUGUGAAAUUAACUCCAAGUUCUUUUAAAGAAAAUAUUAACUGUGACAAUGUAUCCAGUAUGAAAACCUUUAACCAAAUAAAUAGUCAAACAGGUGUGAAGUUCAUUGAGUUGAGUAAAUGUUUCUUAAAGAACUUUAACAAGACAUUUAAAUAAUGCAAACAGAUGCUGAGAAGUGAGAAUUUGUCGUAAGUGUUAUUGAAUAUAUUUUUGUAAAUGGCAUAUCUAUGUAAGAUUAUGUGCAAUCUAAAACUUUUUCCAUCAUAGUCAUUUAAAGUGAUAAUUAAAUCAUAUCGAAAGUUCUCUUCUCGAAUAAGGGAAGAAUAUAAAAAGCAAUUUGAUUAGAAAACUUUUGACCAUUUAGGAACAAAUGUUAACAUGUUGACAUGUUUUAUUUUCCAAUUCAACUUCCCUUAUUAGAUUGAUUGUUCUUUAUACAUCAUCUUCUUCAACGCCCUUCACUCUUCUUAAAAGUUGUUUAAAAAUGUAUAAGUUAUUUGUACUUAUAUGUUUCUUAUUUUAACAACUUCUUUGGAAUGGAAAAAACAGAAACUUGUCACUUUUUCAUGAAGCAGGCAACUAACCUUUUUUUUAUUGCUAUGAAAUGCUAAAGCUUUUAAAUGGAACUCAACCUAAGAUGAAAAUUUGAUUUGGGACGACAUAAAGCAUUGAGAUAAUAUUUAAAUAAAUGUAUGAAGAAUAGUUUAUUGUAUUGUAAUAAAAAUGUAAAAGUCAGAAAAAGAAAGAAUUUGAGUAUUUGAAAUAAAAACUU